AUGCUAUUCCUAAGCGCAGUCGCGUUCAUCACCCUAUUGAUGUCCUUUUCUCCUGCCAUGCAUGCACAAAACAUUCCCAACCAUUAUAUAAUUAAAGAACGAGGGGACCUUUCGAAACCCUAUUUGGAGGUCUUCGGUGCGAAUGGAAAACUUGCUUACACUUUCAGCAAAUCUAAAAGAGUCCCACCUCGAGGGAAGACCACGGUCAUUAUCACGGACUCAUCUCUCAAACAGCUAUUCUCUAUGUUCUCGGGGCCGAGAUGGUCUAAUGGGGGAAGACCAUUGUUACCCGGUAGCCCUGCAGGCUGA